AUGAGCUCUUUCGCCCGGCUGCUGCUGGCUGCCCUGGCCGUGGCGCUGGCCCUGCCCGCCCGAGGCACCGUCUACUUCCGGGAGCAGUUCCUGGACGGAGCAAAAUGGAAAGAGAGGUGGGUGCUCUCUCAGCACAAAUCCAACUACGGGAAGUUCCGGCUGACGGCUGGGAGCUUUUACGGAGAUCGCGAAACGGACAAAGGUCUGCAGACGACAGAAAACGUCAGGUUUUAUGCCAUUUCGUCACGGUUUAAGCCCUUCAGCAACAGAGGAAAGCCUUUGGUCAUUCAGUACACGGUCAAGCAUGAGCAGAAGAUCGACUGCGGUGGCGGAUAUGUGAAAAUCUUCCCCUCCGACCUGGACCAAAAGAACAUGAGCGGAGAAUCCCUGUAUUAUGUCAUGUUUGGGCCUGACAUCUGCGGCUCCGACAUAAAGAAGGUCCACGUCAUUUUAAACCACAAGAACAAACUCUAUCCCAUUAAGAGGCAAAUCCGCUGCAAAGUAGACGGAUUCACUCACCUGUACACACUGGUUCUAAGACCCAACCACACGUACGAAGUGAAAAUUGAUAACAAGAGGGCAGCAUCCGGCGACUUGGAAGAUGACUGGGAUUUCUUGCCCCCGCGGACGAUAAACGACCCAACGGUGAGGAAGCCGGAGAACUGGGAUGACGUUGCCGAAAUCGACGACCCAGAGGACACCAAGCCGGAGGACUGGGACGUCCCCGAGUACAUUGUAGACAACAGCGCCGAGAAACCCAAGGACUGGGAUGCCGUGGCACAAGGCCCCUGGGAGCCCCCCCAGCUCAAGAAUCCACUUUACCGGGGGGAAUGGCAGCCCCGGAAGAUCCCUAACCCCAGGUUCAAAGGCAUCUGGCCUCACCCGCAAAUCGCUAAUCCAGAGUACCUGCCGGACACCACCAUUUCCAUCUACGAGAACAUCAGUGUCAUUGGGCUGGACCUGUGGCAGGUGCGAUCGGGAACCAUUUUCGACAACUUCUUGAUCACGGAUGAUGAAGGAUACGCGGAAGAAUUUGGGGACGAGACCUGGGGAGAAACAAAGGACCCCGAGCAAGAAAUGAAUAAGCAGCAGAUCGAGGAAGAGAAGCAGCGGGAGCGAAGGGAAGCUGAGGAGGAGGCCAAAAAGAAGAAAAAGAAAAAGGAGAAGGAGAAGAAGAAGGAGAAGAAGAAGAAAAAGAAGAAAACCACCCCAGAGACAAGGAUUGUGGCACAGAAGGAGGAGCUUUGA